AUGUCCUUCUUCCCCAAAAUCUCUUUCCAGCGUGAAGUUGAAGAGUAUCUCACCAAAGUGUUCAGAAAUAAUGAGCUUAUCACUGCUUUAGGUGCCCAGGAGGUGGAGUGUAAAUAUCAGUCUCUGUUAAAUCAUCUGUCUCAUCCACCAAGUUUCACAACUGUUAGAGUUAAUACUCACUUGGCCUCAGUGAGAGAGGUGAAAAAAAUGCUGUUUGAAGAGAUCCAGAAGCAAUUUAAAGGACUAUUUGUUCCUGUUCUUGAGCACCCAAAACUGCAGGAUAUCCUGUUGAUUCCUGUCAUUGGACCCAGGAGUGAUUUACAAAAACACACAUCUGAAGUGAUUGUUGGAGCCCACUGUGGAUAUGCAGUACUUCGAGGAGCACAUGUUUAUGUCCCUGGAAUAAUAUCCACCUCCAGAUUUAUGAAAGCUGGAGAUCUGGUCUCAGUGUAUUCAGAUAUUGAAGGCAAAUGUAAAAGAGGAGCCAAAGAAUUUGACGGAGUGAAAGUUUUCCUUGGAAAUGGGAUUUCAGAAGUCAGUCGCAGUGAAAUCUUCACUUCAAGUGGCCCAGUGAAUGGGCUGGGCAUAAGAAUGACAGAGCCAGUCUACCUCAGUCCUUCCUUUGACAGUGUGCUCCCAAGGCUUUUGUUUCUACAGAACUUGCCUUCUGUGGUUGUGAGUCAUGUUUUAAACCCUCAGCCAGGGGAGAGAAUUCUGGAUAUGUGUGCUGCCCCUGGAGGGAAAACAACCCAUCUUGCAGCAUUAAUGCAUGACCAGGGUGAAGUAAUAGCCAUGGACAAGGUGGCUAACAAGGUCAAAAAGAUGAAGCAGAAUGCUGACCUGCUCCAGCUGAAGUGCAUUAAGGCCUUUUGCUAUGAUGGAACAAAGGCACUUACAGCUGAGGAGAGAGAGGCUGGACAAGAAGGACCCCCAUUCUCACCAGAGUCAUUUGACCGAAUUCUUCUUGAUGCUCCAUGCAGUGGGAUGGGACAGAGACCCAACAUGGCUUAUCCCUUGACCUUGAAGGAGGUGACCUCUUACCAGCCACUGCAGCGCAAGCUCUUCGCUGUGGCAGUGCAGCUGCUGAAGCCAGGAGGGGUUCUGGUCUACAGCACAUGCACAAUAACGCUGUCGGAGAAUGAGGAGCAGGUGGCUUGGGCCCUGAAAACUUUUCCAUGCCUCCAGCUGCAGCCACAGGAACCUCACAUUGGAGGAGAAGGCAUGAGGGGAGCUGGGCUGUCUCCUGACCAGCUGAAGCUGCUGCAGAGAUUUGAUCCAUCUGCUGCCACGCUGCAAGGAAUGGACAGUGAUUGUUUGCAAGAGUGCAGGGAGGAGGACCUGAUUUCCCUGGCAGACAAGGACUGCAUUGGGUUCUUCAUUGCAAAGUUUGUCAAAUGGAGCAGUCAGGCAGGAGCUGGCAGCACAGCCCCUGAGCCUCAGCACCCGCACCAGGUGUGCGCUGCUCUGCCACACUGUUGCCAGGCCAACAGCUGA